UCCUUUCUCAUCGCAUGACCUCGUCUCAAACAUAGCUUCGGUACCCCCGUCGGAGCACCGUUGCCGACGACAAAGUCCAUGAGCUUCACUUCUAACGUGCACUGAGACUUGGACACGACGCCUGGGACGACCAUGAUUGCCAAACACGCCGCCCGCCUUCUGCUCAGGACUCGACCUACUUGCGCAGCCCGCACGUACGCGACGCAGGCCCGUGAAUGCGUCCGGAUCGUCGAAGUUGGACCCCGCGACGGUCUGCAAAACGAGUCGGCGGUCAUUCCGCCCGCGGUGAAAGUAGAGCUUGUGAAUCGACUUACGGAGGCUGGUACAGAGAUCAUCGAGGCUGGCAGCUUCGUCAGCCCGAAGUGGGUGCCCCAGAUGGCAGGAACCGCAGAGGUCAUCAAGCACAUGCAACGGCGGGAAGGACUGCAUUACCCCGUUCUCGUUCCCAAUCUCAAAGGCCUCGAAAUCCUACUAGACCUCCUCGCCCAGCAGCCCAAAGGCGAAGUCCCAUACACCGACGAAAUAGCAAUUUUCACAGCCGCCACAGACGCAUUCUGCAAGGCGAACACAAAUUGCACAAUCAAGGAGUCGCUCGAACGCCUGACGGCCGUCACGGCACGCGCGGCAAAGGAGGGACUUCGCGUCAGAGGGUAUGUGAGCGUGGUGAUUGACUGCCCGUACUCGGGUAAGGUCGAUCCCGUCAUAGUCCGCGAUGUUACCAAAGCCCUCCUCGAGAUGGGCUGUUACGAAGUCAGCUUAGGCGACACCGUAGGGACGGGCAACCCUACGACAGUCGGGAAGAUGCUCGAGACUGUCAUCGGCGGCAGUAGCGACAUCUCGCCGUCCGUGCUCGCUGGCCACUAUCACGACACGUUCGGAAUGGGCGUAUCCAACAUCCUCACCUCGCUCGACUACGGCCUCCGCACCUUCGAUUCCUCCGUCGGCGGCCUUGGCGGCUGCCCCUAUUCCCCGGGUGCGACGGGCAACGUCGCGACUGAGGACGUUCUGUACGCACUCCAGGGUAGCCGGUUCCACGCGCCAGGGGACCUCGCGAAGAUCGCGGAGGUCGGCUCGUGGAUCUCGAAGCAGCUGAAUAGGACGAACGCGAGCCGCGUCGGGAAGGCGCUCGAGGCGCGGCGGGAGAGGGAGAGAGUGGAGAAGGAGCGCGAGCGGGAUGGAGGCUCAGCAGAGAGUGUUUCUGCAAAGCUUUGAGCAGGGGGGGCGUUCUAUUGUGUUGUCUUGGUUUGCCAUGCUGCGUUUGAUCAAAUUUGGGCAUUGCGGUAAUUUGCACACUGUACGCGAGUGAAGAACAGCUAAAUGCAUGCUUGGCAUAGCAGAACC